UUAUAAUAUAUUAUAUUUUAAAGUUUUGAGUGUUUUGAUUUUUUCAACGUCAUACUCAUACACCACAAUUCACAAUUUAAAAUAAUAUUCAUUUACUAAUUCUUGUACAUUUAUUUUACUAAUUACUUAGUGUAAUAAAUAACUACUCAGUAGUCAGUACUCACACUCGUGGUUAAGAAUCGCCAAUAAAUCACCCACAAUUAUAACUUUAAAAAUACAAUGUUUUCUCUGAGUUUAUUCAAUGACAUACUCCGACCGUUCAACACGACAUACAGAUGUUGGUCAGUUUCAAUGCUUCCAGGCAGUGAACGAGAAGAUGUUGAACGUGGUGGAAAAAUUAUAAUGCCUCCAUCUGCUCUGGACACAUUGACCCGGCUAAAUAUCAAUUACCCGAUGUUGUUCAAGCUUACUAACAGAAGAAGCAACAGACAAACACAUUGUGGUGUACUGGAGUUUAUCGCUGAUGAAGACAAAAUAUAUAUUCCUUAUUGGAUGAUGAAAAACCUAUUACUAGAUGAAGGAGAUAUGGUGCAAGUUGAAAGUGUUUCAUUAGAAGUAGCCACCUUUUCAAAAUUUCAACCUCAAAAUUCUGAAUUCUUAGAUAUUACUAAUCCAAAGGCUGUUUUAGAAAAUUGUUUGCGUAAUUUUGCUUGUCUGACUACUGGUGAUGUAAUAGCCAUAAAAUACAACCAAAAAAUUUAUGAAAUGUGUGUGUUGGAAACAAAACCUGGCAAUGCUGUUAGUAUUAUUGAAUGUGAUAUGAAUGUUGAAUUUGCUGCCCCAGUUGGCUAUCAAGAGCCUAAUCAUGAAAAAACAACAGCUACAGAAGAUAUGAUGGUUGAUCCUGCUGAUUUAAUGCCAGAACCAACUGGUUUCGUAGCUUUCAAAGGUUCAGGCAAUAGAUUAGAUGGUAAAAAAAAGAAAGAUAAUACAGAUGAUCCUCUCAAUCAAAUUAAACCAGCAUACCAAAGAGGUAUUCCAGAUUAUAAUUAUACCAUAGGAACUAUUCAGUUCUUAAGAAACAUCCGUCCUGUUAUUAAUGACAAAGAGAAUGAAAAUAAAGAUGAAUUUAAGCCAUUUGCAGGAUCUGGAUCAGUACUAAAAACAAAAGCAAAAAAAAAAUAAUUUAAAUUGUUUUCAAAACUUGUACAUAUUUGUUUAAUAUAAGAGCAUUUAGAUUUUAAAUAAUGUACUUUUUAGUUUAUUUGUGAUAAUUCUAUAUUUAUUGUAAACUGGUUUUAAUUUAGUGAUAAUUAAGAAUACAUAUCUCAUACAAUUAGCAUAUUAUGCUUAUUGUAAAUAGGAAUUUCACAAAAGGUUAUAGAAAAAUAUUAAUAAUAAUAAUAAUUUUUUUUAAUAAUA